AUGGAGUCAUUGGUUUAUGAGAACUCGCCCUUGGCUGAAUACCUCGAAGGGGAAGGUGGACACGAAGAGAGUUGGCCGGUGGAGGAGAACCAGAGUGAUGAUGAUCAUACCAGUGGCUUGAACUUUGCACCUCGAGGGGCUUCCAAAUUCCAGACCCGCGUUCGCAACAAGCUACCGAAGCCCCUCGAUCUCCGAGGUACGCCGCAAGGCGAGUUAGCCGGUAAAGUUUAUGAUGCUUGCUCGUCUGCUUUGAACGUCCGACUACCGCGCAGUGACAACAAACGAUUCUUGGAACAAUUUGGCUACGUUAUUGUCGCGUCACAACUACUCAACGAGCAUAGCGCUCCCUCCUACACCUCCGCAUCCGAUGUCCUCUCAGCAACGCAAUCCACAGAUCUCCCCUCUCUAUCUACGACUUUUGGACUACAAGGCGCUAUUGUCACGGCCUGCACAUCUUUCUCUAUUGCUUGGUUAUUACAUUGGGGUCGUUGGAAAGCAGGGUCAGGGCUCAAUCCUAAAAAAGUUGGAGUGCUCCUGAUCCUUGUUCCGGUUCUGGGUGUUUUGUUUUAUGCUUUCGCGAAACGGCAAUGGCUGAAAUACCUCCGGCACCAGGCUGUAGACGCAGCUGCCACGUUUAUUGGAAAUGCCCAAGGCUUUGAUUCAGCGGCCUCCGCCUCUGUGGUUUUCAUACAGGAGGUUGAGCUUGUUUCCCGGGGCUAUCGCAUAAGCACCCCCCUACCCCCUAUUAGCCGACUCGAAGAUCAAGUACAAACGCGACGAUGCUUAAGAUUACGCAGAACAGUUUCGGAGUGCUUUUACUCGAUGCUCGAGAGAUACGUUCGGUCCGAAAACACCCUGCGCCCACUUACUGACGAGGCCAACCUCGCCAAAUAUUAUGACAUUUAUGACAUUGGAUUGGAAGAACUUGAAGCUAUUGAGUCGUCCCUAUCGAAGCGAACAAAUGACGACCAAUACUCGCUGCGUGCGCUCAGGGAUCUAUUUGGGAAGCUCUACAGUGUGCGGAAGAGCGUUCUAUGCUGUUUAUUGGCGCUCAGUGCAGACGGCGGAGGCUCCGACAUUGGGAGAUGGAGCUCAGCUGUCGAAGAGAUGCGUGAACUUGCCGCAGUGACCGGAGACAGCAUGUUGAAAAUGACUGCUAUCCUCAACGAGGAAGAUCGUGACAACAUUCCUCCAUCUCCGCUGCCUUCCGCGUCCGUUUCGCCAAGCAAGGAUUAUCUGCGGGCCCAAAUUAGACGCUUUAGUUCCUUGUCUCAAGGGGUGCGGGCCUUGCAUGCCAAAAUGCACAUAGUCAGCGAGGAGUCACACGCGAGCCUUGAGCGACCCGACUCUGCUGACUACGAGUCCGCCCUGCUUACUCAAUAUGACUCGGUUGGCAGUGACUUAAGAGCUCUUCUUCAGGAAUGGGAAGCUGGCAAGGCUGCACUGGUCAGCCAAGACCGACUCAGUGUGGAUCGCUCACGGCCCCCAAGUACGCUGCUGAUGCCCAUGUCUCCCACUCCCAGUCUGGGAGGCUCUACCGCAGUUGAGGGCAGCCCAACGGAUGCCCUCAAAGCCUUGAAUGGCGAGGGUCGGCCGGACCUGACCCAAACCUACGAUGACGAAGAGAUUUUUGAAGCUGUUGUUCUUCCUGCAUCAAGAAAUAAGCGGGUGUCUUUGACCCGCGAUGAGCGUCUUGCGCGUGUACGCGAAGACCGGGCCAGACAGGCGACUGCUCGAGAGAAGGUUGAUGCAAAUACUAAUAUGCUUAAAGAACUGGAAAUGGUGAUUAAGCAACGACCUGGGAACAACUCUUCGAAGCGAGUGACUAGCAUUUAA